AUGGAAGAAAACUAUACUCUCGUCCAGUAUGCGCAAAUCGCUGCUACCGUCGUUACUCUUUAUGAUCACGUUAUUACUUUAGAUCUCGAGGCCGAACUAAUAUGGGUGCGCAGAUAUCCUUGUCAGCUAUCGCGCGUGUUCAAACGUUUCGUCAAGUCAAAGCGAUGGUCUAAAUCUAAAAUCCUCUUUUUAAUUGUACGGGAAAAAAUCCUGCAUCGUCGCGUGGCUGAACUUCACUUUUGCUUUCACAGUGCAGAUAUUUCGGCGACGGCCUUUUAA